AGACCGAUGUGAUGUGAAGAAUAGGAUCAAAUGAACUCCGGCAGUAGAAGCAGAGCACCGGAGGAAGUCCGCGGCAGUAGAUGCAGUGGCUGCUGCAGCAAAAGGAAUGGGGCUAGAAGGGUAAAAGUGUCAAUUUGAUGCAUUUUAGGGCGAUAAAAUUUGAAUUUUAGGGCGACGAAUAGCAAUUCAGAAAUUUUAAUGUGGUUUGGUUUUGACCCAACCGACCAAACCCUACUCGAAACGUAGACAGUGGUGUGGAGUCUCUCUCCACUCUGGGAACAGUUGCCAAAGCGAAAGCCAGCGCUCUACAGUCUCUUCACAUUCACCGUGCUUUCUCUCUCUCUCUCUCUCUCUCUCUCGGCCCCUCUCUAUGGUCUACCUCUACCUCCUUUACCUUUCCCCACAACGUUUCUCUCUCUUUCACCCUCUGCUCCUGCACUAAUUGCUGCUCUUUCAAUCUUCGAUUCGAUUUGGUAGAUUUCUCGAAUCCUCGUUGGUCGGCGUCCUCCUAAUCCAGCCUAGAAUUUGGCAUUCCCUUCCCCAACCAAAGUAAUGGACUCUGAACCUUCCAGCGUUGUUGUGCCAAGGAAUUUCAGACUCCUGGAAGAGCUAGAAAGAGGUGAAAAGGGGAUUGGCGAUGGUACUGUGAGCUAUGGAAUGGACGAUGCUGAUGAUAUAUUGAUGCAGUCUUGGACUGGAACCAUUAUUGGUCCUCCUAAUACUAUUCAUGAAGGACGGAUCUACCAGUUGAAGUUGUUUUGUGGCAUGGGUUAUCCAGAUUACCCACCCAGCGUGAAGUUCCAAACCCGGUUAAACAUGACUUGUGUCAAUCCUGAAACUGGCGUUGUUGAACCAAGGCUUUUCCCGAUGCUCGCUAAUUGGAACAGAGACUACACAAUGGAGGAGAUACUGGUGCGGUUGAAGAAAGAAAUGAUGUCACCACAAAACAGGAAGCUUGCUCAGCCUUCAGAAGGGAAUGAGGAUGGAAGAGUGGACCAUAAAGGGCUGGUAUUGAAGUGCUGUAUUAUGUGACCAUGUUUUACUUAUGAAAAGGCUGCUCUAAGAAUGAAUGUACAAGAUGUACAUAUAGAAGAUUCAACACAGCCGAAGGAUGAUUUCCUUUCAUCAUUUCAUCAUCAUCAUCCCUAUUAAUAUAAUACAUGAUAUCAUGUACACAUAUAUAUGUAUGUAUCUUGUAUCAGACAAUUGUUCUCUAAUUUGAAUGGAGCCUAAUGCGAGACAAUGAUCAAUAGUGCCCUGGUCAUGGAAGUGGAACAGCAAGUCCCGUUCUCAUUUCUGUUUGAUCUGAUAUCUGCUACAGUUCUGCACUAGGAAGGUACUUCAGCAGUCGUACUUGUUUCUUGGUACCAUCAAUAAAGGGCCUAUAGUACUAUAGCCUUUAUCCAAGAUUGUCAACUCGGUUUAGCUUGUUGGUCCGGUUGAGGUAGUGAGUCAAGGGUUAAUAGGUCGAUCGUUUUAACCUAGUUUAGCCGGGAUAUAUGAUAUUAUCACAUACAUAACAAAUUAUCACAGUAGGAACAAAUUAUUCCUAACAAUCCAAAUAAUUACUAGAAUCUAAACAUCAAACAAAUUAUCAAUACUCAAUAGAAAGAAAUUAUUGAUAUGAUCCUAAUUCAAGAAUCCACUCGAACUUGGACCAAAACACCAGAGUUGCACACGUCGAACUAUCGAGGGGGUUUCUUCUUUCUUGAAUAACACGGAAAGUAAAGAUACCGCUUGAUAUGAUCCUAAUUCACAUGUUCAUGUGUUAACCCAGCCACGAGUAUUAUUUGAUCAACCAAAAAUGCUCACAAUUGAUCCUUAUAUCGAUAAAUUCGACUCUUCAUUUUUGGACUACGAGAAUUGAAUAUCGUGCUAGUCAAUAUCGCAUCAUUCCCUCUCUCUUGAAGAAGAUUCGACCUCGAAUCUUCAUAGAAUCUUGAACUCUGGUCAGCGACACUCUUCUUGGCCUUCGAACUAAAUUGUCUUUUGUAGCGAUUGUAUCAUUCCCCCCUUCUUAAGGACAAUUCGUCCACGAAUUGUAGAAACACCAUAACGAGGAAAAUUCUCUAUGUAUCUUAGAACUUCUCGUCAAUUUUCCAUGUGGGCUUCCUUUUCAGAAAUUGAUUCGCCAAUCACGAAGUCAGUAUGAUCAUAUUUUGGAACAAUUGAUGAAUCCUCCAGAAUUUUCAUGCAUUCAUCCUCUCCAUGAAAUUCCGAUUCCUCAAUAAAUUGCUCAACUUCAGGUGCACUCAACACUGACACAUCAACAAGAACAUCUUCCGUCGCUUCUUCUGCCUCUUCUUCGACUUUCUCUUCUACUUCAAGUUUUGGUUCUUUUUUUAGAUGAAAUCAAAGCUUGUGAAUCCUCUUCACAAGUGAAUAUAGUAAGUCCAUCAACAAGAACCUCUUCUUUCUCGUCAUUGACUUCCACUUCUACUACAACUUUCUCACCACGAAUCGAGCUUGAAAAAUCAUAACUUAAAUCAAGAUCAACGGAUCUUGUACUGACAGCCUCUUGCUUUUUCUUAUUUUUGUCUUCUUCCAUUAGCUCCUUUACUCUAACUAAGAUUCCCAUUAUCUAUUCGCAAAGAGAUUUCAAAUCACUUGAAAGUUUUGAAGUACUCUCUGGAGAUAUUGUAGGUGUCAGAUCUUCCUUCUUAUGAUAAGCGGUUUGCUCGUUUGACUUGAUCUCUGGUGAAGGAAAAGAUCUCCUAGAGUAAUCUUUAGAAAUCUUGAAACUUUGGUAGAGGCUUUGGAGAGUAGCUUGAGGAUAUCUAUCAUCGAGUAAAAAUAUCUUUCUCAUGACCCGCUUCAUCACUACCUAAGACUCUAUUUCCAUAUUGCUAUCUCGUUUCCAUGAUGCACAAAGUUGAUCCCACCAUACACUAGUAUAAUUAGUGAAUGUCAUAGAAGCGAUUUACACCUUUUUCCAAUCCGAAUAAUAAUAAUCUUCAAAGAAGUUUUCCAUCCCCUCCUCCCAAUCAAGAAAAGCUUCAUGA